AUGACGAGUGGCUCUUUGAGCGGCGAACCUGACGCCAUGGCGGGCAAUGGGACAGCGCGGGCAGGGGUCUUCCUAGCCUCUCUUACUGACAUCCAUGUGCCGCCAGUGCUGUACGCCUCAUUCGCUGGACUCUUCACGCUCUUCAUGAUCGUGAACAGGUUUGCGUCUCCAAAGAUUGAAGAUGGCGAGCCGCCUACGCUGAAACCUACAAUUCCCUUCAUCGGCCAUCUGUUGGGCAUGCUCCGGAAUCCGACCCAUUACAUGAAGAUCCUCCAGAAAAAGAACAUGCCAAUUGCCACGCUACCCAUUCUGAACGGCAAGUUGUAUACCGUCUGGGAUCCCUUGCUGGUACAGGCCGUCUUCAAGAACAAGAAUUUGUCAAUGGAGCCGUUCAGUCUCGAAUUCUCGCAAAGGGAAUUGGGUUUCGGCAAUGAUUUUCUCAAGCUUCUGCAAACUACAACCAUGGUGCAUGAUACAUUUGAAGCAAUGCAUCAAGCUAUGACGUCGACGAAUGUACGACGGAUGAAUGCCAACGCCCUUGGAUAUAUAUCCGGGGCCUUGGAUGAGAUCCGCAUCGACAAACCCCUUGAGGUUUCAAAUUCAUAUCUAUGGGUCCGAAAUCUAAUGACGUUGGCCACUACGCAGGCAUUAUAUGGACCUGACAACCCGUUCAGAAAGGAUGACAGUUUGCUUCAGGAAAUUUGGACAUUUGAUGAAGGCCUAGCCUGGCUCAUGUUCGGCGUUGCUACGACAGUUACAGCACGAAGGUGUUACCAGGCACGCACCAGACUUCAGGCUGUACUGAAUAAGUAUUACGAACAUAACAAGCAUCUUCACGCCGAUGCUGCACAAAUCACCAAGAACCGUGCCGCAGCGUUAAGGAAACAUGGUAUUCCCGAAAACAAAACCGGCGAUAUUGAGAUUGUCCUGCUCCACGUUGCAGUGACCAACACAAUCCCGGCACUUUUCUGGUUUAUGACGCAGGUGUUUACCCAUCCGGAACUGGUUUCCCUUCUUCGGGAAGAAGUGGGGCCCAUAGCACAGCGAGCGAACAACAAUGUCACGAUAGAUAUCAGCGAGCUGGACGAGACGUGUCCCCUUCUCGUGAGCUGCUAUCGCGAGUCCAUGCGACUUUGCAAUAAGGGACUAUCCCAUCGCCGAGUAUUGGAGGAUACCACUAUCUCGGAUGGUAAUGGAAGGUCAUACCUCCUGAAAAAGGGUUGCAACGUGGAGAUGUCGCAGGAAGUCUGCCACAGCUUGGAGAGGGCUUGGGGACCAGACUGGGGAACGUUCAUGCCGGACAGAUUUGUCGAAUCCAAACCCAAUAAGUUGCAUGAUGAAGCAGAGAAGCUAAGAAAGGCUGCAUUUGUGCCAUUCGGAGGUGGCAAGCACCUUUGUCCUGGCCGCAACUUCGCGUUUGCAGAAACCAUGGGACUCAUGGUGUCUCUGGUGCUCGGUUUCAAUGUCACACUGUUGGAUAAAGAGAUGAGGCCCACCACGGAGCCGGUCAAAAUGGACCGUUGUACACUGAUUAGCUCUAUCGUCAGACCUGUUGGCAACGGUGAAGGUCUCGGCGUCAAGAUCGAGAGACGGGAAGGGUGGGAAGAGGUGAAGUGGCACUACACCAGUUGA